UACACUUCUCUACACAUUCCUGCAGCGCCAUCAUUGAAUACCUGGAGCCAUGCACCGACUAUAUGGCCAUUGUCUACAUUAAGCUUGAGGAUGGGGAAAUGAGUGAACCUGCAAGACAAUUAGUUCAUACAGCUGUGCCAGCCCCAGAGAAGCUCACAGGGGUUUCAAUGAGUCCAACAUCCGUUCAUCUCACAUGGCUCCCACCACAUGGGAUGCAUCAGACUCCACACUCCUACCUGAUCUCUUACCACAGUGGAGGAACUGAAACACAGACCUUAUCUACAGAUUCAUGCUGUGCAGUCAUCACAGGCCUGAAUCCAUGCACCAACUACAGUGUGAGCGUCUGCACGAAAGUUAUGGGUGAUGAAAUGAGUGAAGCUGUCAGAACAGAAGUUCGUACAGCUGUUGCAGCUCCAAAGCAUCUCACAGUGGUGUCAGUGACUCCAACAUCUGUUCAUCUCACAUGGGCUCCACCACAUGGGAUGGAUCAGACUCCAUACUCCUAUCAGAUCAGUAGAGGAACGGAACCACUGACCAUCUCUAAAUAUUCAUGCAGUGCAGACAUCAGAGGCCUUAAUCCAUACACCAACUACAGUGUCAGCAUCUGCACGAAGGUUACGGAUGAUGAAAUGAGUGAAGCUGUUAGAACAGAAGUUCGUACAGCGGUGCCAGGCCCAGAGCAGGUCACAGUGGUUUCAGUGACUCCAACAUUUGCUGAACUCAAGUGGAACCCACCACAUGGGAUUGAUCAGACUCCAGAAUCCUACCAGAUCUCUUACCACAAGGGAGGGUCAGAGUUAAAGACCAUCUCCGCUAAUUCAUGCUGCUCAAACAUCACAGGCCUGAAACCAUGCACCAUCUAUACUGUCAGCAUCAGAGUAAAGCUUAAGGAUGGGGGAAUGAGUGAAGCUGUAGGAACAGUAGUUAAUACAGGGACUCCAGUCCCUCAGAAGCUCAAAGUGGCUUCAGUGACUCAAACAUCUGCUAGACUCACAUGGAACCCACCACAUGGAAUGGAUCAGACUCCACACUCCUACCAGAUCUCUUACCACAGUGAAAGGACUGAGUCAAAGACAACCUCUGAAUAUUCAUGCAUUGCAGACAUCACAGGCCUGAAACCAUGCACCGACUAUGUUGUCAGAGUCUGUACGAAGCCUAAUGAUAAGGACUGGAAAAUGAGUGAAGCGGUUGAAAUCAAAGUUCCUACAACUAUUCCAGCCCCAGAGCAGCUCAUAGUGGAUUCAGUGACUGCAAUAUCUGCUGAACUCACAUGGCUCCCACCUCAUGGGAUGGAUCAGACUCCACACUCCUACCAGAUCUCUUGCCGUAGAAAAGGAGCUGAUCCUCUGACAAUCUCUAUAGAUUUAUGCAGCGCAGUCAUCACAAGCCUGCUACCAGAUACUGACUAUAUAAUCAGUGUCUGUGCAAAGCAUAAGGACGAGAGAAUGAGUGAACUUGUAAAAAAAAAGAUUCAUACAGCUUCUUUAGGGGGAUUCUUUUCACGUCGCUAAGGCAUCUCAUGGUGUAGUAGCAAGAAAUAACGAGUGCUGAAGAAUGAUGUCACAGCAACAGAAAUCCGGUUGUAUGGAGAAAUAUUGAAGUCCUUGAUAUGUAUUAUUGCAUGAGUCACACAGAUCAUAUUUAUUUAUAUCAAAUGCUAAUAAACAUGACAUAAAACAUCUAUGGAAUGGCUAGUAGAGAAAGAGUAAUGUAUCUCACAGUUACUAACAGUUUAUCAGUGUAUUGUGUGGAUCAGCUGUUGAUG